CGAGCGAGGGAGCGCGCACGGAGCGCGGGACGGAGCGCCGGGCAGACGGACCGACGGACGGACGCCCCCGCACACGCAGACGCACAGAGCUCUGCGCGUCCCCCGUCACACAUACAUUGGCACAGAGACACACAGGGACACACGCAGACACACGCACACUCGCGCGCGCACAGCCUCCCGCCGGCCUGCCCGCUCGCUCGCCGGCGCCCGGAACCCGCUCUGGCCGUUUGCUUUUUUGCUGAUCAGACUUCCUGCCCUGGCCCAAAUGGCACCAUUCCCCAUCCGGACACCUUGGGAAUGAAUUAUGAGGGAGCUAGAAGCGAGAGAAAGAGCCACACCACUGAUGUCCCCGAGGGAGGGACCCUGGACAUGUGCUGCAGUGAGAAGCUGCCGGGUCUCCCCCAGCCGGUGGUGAUGGAGGCACUGGAUGAGGCCAAAGAGCUCCCAGACUCACAGAGAGAGAUGCCACCGCCCCCUCCUCCCUCACCACCCUCAGAGCCAGCUCAGAAGCCACCACCUCGGGGCACCGGGAGCCACUCCCUCACUGUCAAGAGCAGCCUGUGCCUGUUUGCUGCCUCACAGCUCCUGCUUGCCUGCGGGGUGCUCUGGUUCAGCGGCUACGGCCACAUCUGGUCGCAGAAUGCCACAAACCUUGUCUCCUCCUUGCUGACACUUCUGAAACAGCUGGGACCCACGGCCUGGCUGGGCACUGGGACCUGGGAAGUCCCCAGUCUGCUGCUGGUCUCUCUAUCUGUGGGCCUGGUCCUCGGCACCACCCUGGUGUGGCACCUCCUGAGGACUCCCCCAGAGCCCCCCACUGCACUGCCCCCCGAGGACAGGCGCCAGUCAGUGAGCCGCCAGCCCUCCUUCACCUACUCGGAGUGGAUGGAGGAGAAAGUCGAGGAUGAUUUCCUGGACCCGGAUCCCGUGCCAGAGACGCCUGUGUUUGACUGCGUGAUGGACAUCAAGCCUGAGGCUGACCCUGCAUCACUGACUGUCAAGUCCAUGGGUCUGCAGGAGAGGAGGGGCUCCAAUGUCUCCCUAACCCUGGACAUGUGCACUCCGGGCUGCAACGAGGAGGGCUUUGGCUAUCUCAUGUCUCCACGUGAGGAGUCAGCCCGCGAAUACCUGCUCAGCGCCUCCCGUGUCCUCCAAGCUGAGGAGCUUCACGAAAAGGCCCUGGACCCUUUCCUGCUGCAGGCAGAAUUCUUUGAGAUCCCCAUGAACUUUGUGGAUCCGAAAGAAUAUGACAUCCCUGGGCUGGUACGGAAGAACCGGUACAAAACCAUACUUCCCAACCCUCACAGCAGAGUGUGUCUGACCUCACCAGACCCUGAUGACCCUCUGAGUUCCUAUAUCAACGCCAACUACAUCCGGGGCUACGGUGGGGAAGAGAAGGUGUACAUCGCCACUCAGGGACCCAUCGUCAGCACAGUGGCCGACUUCUGGCGCAUGGUGUGGCAGGAGCAUACGCCCAUCAUUGUCAUGAUUACCAAUAUCGAGGAGAUGAAUGAGAAAUGCACCGAGUAUUGGCCAGAGGAGCAGGUGGUGUACGACGGUGUUGAGAUCACUGUGCAGAAAGUCCUUCACACUGAGGAUUACCGGCUGCGACUCAUCUCUCUCAAGAGUGGGACUGAAGAGAGGGGCCUGAAGCAUUACUGGUUCACAUCCUGGCCUGACCAGAAGACCCCAGACCGGGCCCCCCCACUCCUGCACCUGGUACAGGAGGUGGAGGAGGCAGCGCAGCAGGAGGGGCCCCACUGUGCCCCCAUCGUUGUCCACUGCAGCGCAGGGAUUGGGAGGACUGGUUGCUUCAUUGCCACCAGCAUCUGCUGCCAGCAGCUGCGGCAUGAGGGUGUGGUGGACAUCCUGAAGACCACGUGCCAGCUCCGUCAGGACAGGGGUGGCAUGAUCCAGACAUGUGAGCAGUACCAGUUUGUGCACCACGUCAUGAGCCUCUACGAGAAGCAGCUGUCCCACCAAUCCCCAGAGUGACCAAGCUCCUCCUCCAAGGUCCUCUGGGCACUCACCCCAGCCUCCCAGGGCUCUGCCUCAGGUCCUGGGCUUGCUCCCUGCCCUUAACUGCUCCUGCUUCCUUCCUUCUGUCUGCUCCCUCCUGCUCUAUUAGCCUGGGCCUGGCCCCUGCCCCCCAGCAUAGCUCUUCCUAUUGUACAUACUGGGGAGUGGGGGGCGGGAGGGGGAUGUGCCAGGCCAGGCCUGGGGCCCCGGGGCCUGACCCACACCAUUCAGGCCUGGUGCCUCAGUUUUUAACGAUGAUUCCAUCACUACUUGAUCCAAAACAUUUCUAUGCCGUACUCCUAGCGUCCUGCUGCAGCGUAUUCUGUCUGUCCGUCAUCUCUACUGUCUGUACCGGACACUGUGUCUCCUCGACCCAGAAAAGGGGUAAUAAGCUCCAGCCCCUAAGCAGCCCAGGCAGAGGGGCCUGCCUCAGGCCCCACCUCAACUUCUCCCAACAAGAAGAUUGCAUUUUGCCCCAGUUAUUGGGACCAGGAAUGGGUGGGCACUGAGGACCUGGAGGUCAGGCAUGGGGAGUUCCUGGGGGGUUGGCAGAAAGAUCUUAACUGGGAGAAGUCUCUGGGUUGGGGUGGGCAUCAAAGCCAGGGUGACCUCUGGGGAGCACAUGCCCUCAGGAGGCAAUGACCAGUCUGUGAGGCUUUGAAGAGAAAGGGGACAGAUGAGAGUUGGGAACCCAGAGGACCUGGACCCCAGUGGGGGGUGGGGGAGGGGACUUGGGGAGUGGGAGUACUCAGCCCUAGAUCUGUGUGAGACAUUUCUCCGUGUCACUGUGGGAAAGCCUUCCCAGAAGUCGCUCCACGUGUGUUCCCAUGUCUGCGUGUGUUGAGAGCCCAUCAGCAGGGCGUGCAUGAUUCUUUGGCAACGUGUUAUCCUGGAGCCACAUGUUUUUACUGCUGACUUUAAAUAUUUAUUCCACGGCAGAGAGACAUUUGGUGUCUUUUUAUAAUUCACUUGUGGUCAUUGAAUAGAGCAAUAAAUGGAGCAUUUUGAGCAAAACUAACCUCCUGGAUCUGUGUGACUUUCCUCUGCCCUGCACUCCUGCCUCCCGGCCCUCAGCCUCUGUGCCCCUCUCUCCUGGGCCAGCACACAGAGCCUGGCCCUCACACUUACUGGCACCCUUUGUGGAUUUGGGGAAUAUGGAGGAAAUCCAAAUUUGAAAACCCAAAAUAAAUCCAUUCUGUAGGAUUCUCGCGUACCCUCAGCCCCAGCCUAGCCAGGUGCUCUGGGCCAUGGGGAGCCUCUCAGACAGGUGUGGAAGGCAUCCAGGGAAGGCAAAGUGUCACCUACACCAACAGAUGGGCCACAAAGGCCAAGGCUGGGGCAAAGGGAUGUUCAGGUCACUCCCAGGGCCCUCCCUGUUGGCCAAACACUUACCCCAUGUUAGUUCCACAGGUCCAAACAGCAGCUGCAGCCCAGAAAUUUCCUUGUAAGGCCUGGGCCAACAGUAGCCCCUCCCAAGGGGCCCAGGGAAUCUGCCUGUGGCCUUAGAUCCUAAGUCAUCCUAGACACUCUUACUCUAUUCUUAUCCCCUUCCCCCCUGAGAUGGAGCAAAAG